GACGUCGUUCGGCUCAGGUCGGGACUCGUUUCGUAUUUGUUUAGCGCCUCGAUCGGUCGAGGACUAUGUGCCUUUGAGCCGAAAAAAAACCGAGUACAGUGGUUGAGUGGAUUUGACAGAACGGCCUUGCCGCCCGAAUGUAUCGCACAGUACAAAACCGGCAGUCGUGAUCGGUCGAGGAUCAUUAUCCUUUUUUCGUCUCGUGUGCGCGGUUCUCUGCCGCUCGCUCUCUCCGCAUGAACCGAAACGCGAACAUUUGUUAAGUUUUUGUUUUGUCGCCGACAAUCGCGAAAAGUACGUGCAAUAAUUGUUGAAACUCAAUUCGUACUUGAACCAAAGUUUAGUGUUGUGAAAAGAAAAACGAAGCAAAAACCAAAUAAAAAGUGUUCAGCUUUUGGAUUACCACAAUAUUUUGGAUAUACAAAAAAAAUAAAAUAAAACAAGAUCAAAAUGGAUUACAAACACGAUCUCAAUUCGGACGACGACUUCGACUGCUCGAAUGGAUAUAGCGACAGCUAUGGCAGCAACGGACGCAUGUCCAAUCCCAAUGGAUUAUCCAAGGCCGAGCUGAGAAAGACCAACAAACCCAUUAUGGAGAAACGUCGCAGGGCUCGCAUUAAUCAUUGCCUGAACGAGCUGAAAUCCCUCAUACUGGAGGCCAUGAAGAAAGACCCGGCACGCCAUACCAAACUGGAGAAGGCCGACAUACUCGAGAUGACGGUGAAGCAUUUGCAGUCUGUGCAGCGCCAGCAGCUGAACAUGGCCAUCCAGACGGACCCCGGAGUGGUGCAGAAGUUCAAGACGGGCUUCGUCGAGUGCGCCGAGGAGGUGAAUCGCUACGUCAGCCAGCUGGACGUGGACACGGGUGUGCGUCAGCGGCUGAAUGCCCAUCUGAACAACUGUGCCAACAGUCUGGAGCAGAUUGGAUCGAUGAGCAACUUCAGCAGCGGAUAUCGGGGCCAAAUGCCCGCCGGACUGUUCCCAGCCGCCGUGGGUGGCGUUGCCGCCGCCGCCGCUCCCCUAUUCCCCUCACUGCCACAGGACUUGAACAACAACAGUCGGACGGAGACCACUCCGCCAUCCAUACAAAUGGGUGGCCUCCAGCUGAUCCCCUCACGCUUGCCAUCCGGGGAGUUUGCCCUGAUAAUGCCCAAUACGGCGGGAGCGACGGCUCCGCCAGCGGGACCAUUUGUCUGGCCAGGCACAGCGGCCACGGCGGGAGGCCCGGCCAGCGCCGCCUUGGCCAACAUUGCGAAUCCCACCCAUCUCAGCGACUACGCACAGAGCUUCCGACUGAGCGCCUUCAGCAAGCCUCCCAGUGCGGCUGCACCCACUGGCCAGAUCCCAAGCCACACACAGAUCCCGGCUCAGACGCAACUGCCGGUGAAGAACAGCAGCAACACUCCCACCAGCAGUCCCCCCCUGAGUCCCAUCUCGUCGAUGUCCAGCCAUGGCGAUGAGUCCCGGGCCGCCUCGCCGACCGUCGAUGUUCUGGCCAAGCACAGUUUCGCCGGAGUCUUCUCCACGCCGCCGCCGACCAGCGCCGAGACAUCGUUCAACACGAGCGGAUCGCUAAACCUGAGCGCCGGCAGCCACGACAGCAGCGGAUGCUCGCGGUCCCUGGUCCACUUGCAGCAGCAGCAAGUGAGCUCCACCAGCGGAUCAGCGAAGCGGGAACGGGAGGCAGAGGUGGAGGCGGAGCCGGAGGCCGAUUCUAGUGACUGUUCGUUGGACGAACCCUCGUCUAAGAAGUUCCUGGCCGCGGCCAUCGACAAGUCCAGCUCCGCCUGGAGGCCCUGGUAGAUCGAUCUAUCGAUCGUAAUCGUAAUCCCACAUCUGAGGAGUCAGAUAUGGAUGAUGGAUGAUGUAUGAGAAGUAGAAUGAUGACGACAAAGUUUUAUGUUAAGUUUACCCUCAAAUUGUUAAUUUAUUUCAUCGCAAUUAUUCGAAAAUCCAAAUCCAACCAACAACAACAAAUGCUUUAGAACCCAUUAAGUUUCUACGAUACGAUAUCUAUAUAUAUAUGCUAUAUAUGUAUAUGUUUUUUCCAUGUUCUAUGUUUUGCUUUCUUUAUUUUAAGUUCAGCUGUGAUUUUGUAUAUUUUUUUGUGUAAUUCUCAUUUAAGAAUUUUUAUAUUAAACACUUGUACUAUUAUGUAGUUCAUUGACUAAAGAUGUUUUUGUCAUUUAUCUUCCUAUUAAAAUGAUCAUUUAACGGAUGUUUUAGUUAA